UUGUCUUGUUUUAGAGAUGGAAAACAAAUCCCGCGUUGCCUUUUCUUUGGUGCUGAUCGCAGCUUUAUGUGUCGCUGGUUUGAUAAGGCCGAGUCUAGCCGAAGUACAACAACCCCAACAACUUCCGAAUCUUCCCGAUAUCUUACCUAUUGAUAUCACGAAAUGUUGGUCAUCCCUCAUCAACAUCCCGGGAUGCUUGAUUGAAAUCACGACGUCGAUUCUCACGGGACAAUUCGGACAUGUCGGUCCGAUGUGUUGUAAGGAGUUUUCGGCAAUAGAAGAUAACUGCCUGCCGAAGAUGUUUCCUAUGAUUCCAUUCUUUCCCGAUCUUCUAAAAAACAGCUGCUCGGGAAAUGGAUCGGUGUGCUUGUUCCAUAAACCGCUCAAGGUAUUGUUCACAGGAGAUCAUUUAGCAAUGACGGAGAAUGGCAUGAGUAUAUUCGAGCAGUAUAAUCAUGGCUCAUUUCCCCUCCAGCUUGAGAAUGUCCGGAGCUUGAUCGACCUAGAUUUCCAAUGGAUUUUACCGGGGCAUGGGAGGAGAGUACAUUUCAAAGAUAGAGAAGAGAAAUCGAAGAAUCUCGAAGCACUUUUAAGGUUUUUCCUUGAACUUGGCAUGGAUAUGUCUGCUUGUACUGUUUCAGUGUACUUGCCGAGUCUAGCCGAGGUGCAACAGCCGCAACAACUUCCGAAUCUUCCCAAUAUCUUACCUAUUGAUAUCACAAAAUGUUGGUCAUCCCUCGUCAACAUCCCGGGAUGCUUGAUUGAAAUCACGACGUCGGUUCUCACGGGACAAUUUGGACAUGUCGGUCCGAUGUGUUGCAGGGAGUUUUCGGCGAUAGAAGAUAACUGUCUGCCGAAGAUGUUUCCUAUGAUUCCAUUCUUUCCUGAUCUUCUAAAAAACAGCUGUUCGGGAAAUGUUCCGGCCCCUCUUACAAAAAAGUGA